AGGUGAGUGACUAAACUUUCCGGGUCACGUGAGCGGGCGGGGCUGGAGUCCGACUGAGCGACCGACCCACCGACCGAGCGACGCUCCGAGGGUUCGAGCGAGGGACCCGGCCCGCGAACCUGAGCGAGGUAGAAGACGCCCGGGUGAGCCCCCAGGUGCCUGGUUGCAGGUACCCCCCCCUCGCCCGAGAUGCGGUAGGAACGCAGCGCUCGAGAACCCCGGUCCCUGGUGCCACUCGCCCGUCGCCUGUUCCCAAUGGCGAGCCCGGGGCUGGGGCCGCUGCUAGCACUGGGCCUGCCACUGCUGCCGGUCCGCUGGGGCCGGGCCUGGGGGCAAACACCAGACCCCACUGUAAAUGGCAACCACACCAUUACGACCCCUGGCCCUGGCUCCCACUCCAGUGGGGCCCUGCCCUGCUCCUGGCUGUGGGGCUGGCCCUGCUGGUGCGGAAGCUACGGGAGAAACGGCAGACAGAGGGCACCUACCGGCCCAGCAGUGAGGAGCAGGUGGGUGCCCGUGCACCACCGCCCCCCAACCUCAAGCUGCCGCCGGAGGAGCGGCUCAUCUGAACAGUGGGGCCCACUGCAGCCGCUGCUGCCCAGGACUGCCCCGCACCUCACACGCAGUAGCUGCCAGCGAGACACCAGCCUCUGAUGGUUCAGGAGACCUGGGGGCUGAGGGGCACCUGCCGGGUGGGCUCUGUGAAACACGUGCCUCUGCCUGACUCCACCUACAGUUGGGGGUGCCGGGGCUGGGGGUCCCCACUUGCUGCACCGUCUUCACUUGGCCAGCUGACCCGCCCUGCCACAUGGGCCAAACAAUCCUCCUCUCCUUUCCUUUCAGUUCUCCCACGCAGCUGAGGCCCAGGCCCCCAAGGACCCAAAGGAGACGGUGCGGGGCUGCCUGCCCAUCUAGGUCCCCUUCCUCUCUCCAUCUCCUGUGUUUGCUGUGUGACCUUGGGGGAAGGUGGAGCCCUCUCUGGGCAAUCAAACCCACCUAGUGCUUACAAAUAUAAGGGAAGAUGGUGCUUUAAGAACUCUGUCCCUGAGGCAAGGAAGGUGGGGCUGCUCACUUUAUAUGUGUGUAUAUAUAUACAUAUAUAUAUACACACAACACACAUAUAAAGUUGGUAGUGAGAUUCAAAGGUUCAAAAUAAUAAAACCUUAUUUGGAGCUGGGAGGGGGGGGCAGGAAUUGGCUUGGAUGGAGGAGAUAAGUCAGGUCUCAUAGGCUAUUGAGAGAUGAAUUGUAAGGUUGGAAGGAUCCUAGGAGCUGGGAGGGCCUCCAGGAAGGAAAGAGCUUUUAGCGGCACUUAGAAGCCAGGAGGAAGGUACUGGAAGGGGUGGGUUUCUGAGCAGAGAGAGGGCCCACAGAUAAACUCACCGGGAAAACCAA